AUGGCAGCCCAGCCGCCACCGCCGCCACCACCACUGCCACCACCACGAGCGCCCCACAGCGAGUCUGCCAUUAACAUGCAGAUCAACUUAGAGUGUUACGCCUCCUGUGUCUAUCUGUCCAUGAGUUACUAUUUCAAUCGCGAUGAUGUGGCCAUGAGAGACUUUGCCCAGUUCUUCCUGCGCCUGUCCAGAGAGCAGAGAUCACAUGCUGAGAAGUUGAUUCAGUUGAAGAACCAGCACGGAGUGCACAUCAACUGCCCUGACAUCCAAGUGUGUGAAGACUGGGAGAGUGCACCAAAAGCCAUAAAUUUCGCUCUUAGCCUAGAGAAGCAUGUUAACCAGAACCUAUCCAAUCUGCAUCAACUGGCCACCAACAUGAAUGAUGCCUUACUGUGUGACUUCCUGGAAAGCCACUAUCUGCAUGAUCAAGUCAAGUCCACCCAACAGUUGGGUGACUCUCUCAUUAACCAGAGAAAUUUGAGGGCCCCAGAAGACGACCUGGCAGAAUACUUCUUUCACAAUCUUAACCUGGAUGACUAA